AUGCGUCUCAUUCAGCGCGAGAUCAAGCUCGCGAUCCCGGAAGGCGUCAAGGUGACGGAGUGCAAGGCGCGCAAGAUCACUGUCGUCGGCCCGCGCGGCACGCUCAAGCGUGACUUCCACCACGUCCCGAAGCUCGACCUCGUCCUCUCGGAGGAUGGCUCCGAAAUCAUCGCGACGAUGUGGCUCGCUUCCAACAAGCGCUCGUCUGCCUUGCGCACGACGAUUAGCCACAUCUCCAACUGCUUCGACGGCGUCACGAAGGGCUUCCGCUACAAAAUGCGCGCAGUGUACGCGCACUUCCCGGUGAACAUCGCCAUCGAGGAUAACGGCACGCGAGUUGAAAUCCGCAACUUCCUUGGCGAGAAGCGCACUCGCGUGUGCCAGAUGCUCGAGGGUGUCAAGGCGUACCGCGACGAGUCGGUGAAGGACUGCAUCGUCAUGGAAGGCAACGACAUUGACAACGUGUCUCAGUCGGCGGCCCUCAUCCACAUGUCGUGCUUGGUGAAGAACAAGGAUAUCAGAAAGUUCCUUGAUGGCAUCUACGUUAGCGAGAAGGGCACCAUCGAAACCGACGCGUAA